AUGCAAGUUUCAAGUGCAAAGGACAAAAAACCAAUUGUCACAGAUAUGGUGUUCUAUGGGGUAAUUCAAGAAAUUUGGGAGCUAGACUACCAAGCCUUUCGAGUUGUAGUGUUCAAAUGUGAUUGGGUGAAUAAUAAAAAUGGCAUGAGAGUAGAUGAUCUUGGUUUUACCUUAGUGAACUUUAAAAGAAUUGGGUUCAAACUCGAUUCUUUUAUUUUGGGACAUCAAGCUAAACAAGUGUUCUACGUUGAUGACCCUCAUGAUCCUCUAUGGUCUGUGGUACUUUCAUGUCCCCGUAAAGAGUAUACUACUAUCACCGAUGAUAGUGAUUUUGAAGAUAUUUCUCUUUGUCAUCAAGCUGUUACAAAGGGGUUUCCAAACAUGAGUUUAAAUGAUGAACAUGAUGAAAAUGAAUUACCAUAUGUUCGUGAAGACUGUUUUGUGGUAACUAUGGUUACUAAAGAGAGUGAUGACACCGGGGUGGAUUCCAAAGACACAAAAUCAAGCACGCAGAGGAAAGAAAUGCAAAGUUAUAUUGGUGUCCUUGCUCGACAAGAGGUGAAGAUAGGAUAUGAGGUUGAUAAGAAUUGGAAGGCAGGGUGCUCGGAAUCUGCAGGUGUAAAGUGGAGACAAUGGAAAUCAAAUUUAUACAAAAAAUAUAUUGCUCCCUACAAAGGCGAUCCUGCCAAGCUGAAGAAUCCACCACCAGGUAGUGGUAUUCUUCGUGAAGACUGGUCUCAAUUUGUGAUGAGUAGAAUAACAGAAAAAUUUGAGAAGCACGAAUUAUGCGGUGACGAUGAAGUAGACAGCAUCCUAAGGAGAGGAGACAAAGGGAAAGAAGAUGAAUUAGUGGAGGCAAGAAAGCAGAUAGUUGAACAAAAUCAAAAGAUCAAUCUACUAGAGGAUAGACUUGGAAAAUUGGAAGCAGCAAUGAAAAGGCAAACAGAUGAUGAAGACAAGGGAAGUUGCUCUGUUAAACAACCAUGGCAUUUAAUGGAUGAGGACUUGGAGGAAGAGAAGGAAAAUGAGGAGGAUGAGGACGAGGUGUUAUUCGUUGACAAAGUCGAUAUUUUACAGGAUUUGACUAUCGUUUCUGCCAAGAAUAAAAGAGUAGAAAGCCGGGUUGUUAAGGAAAGGAUGGUGAAAUGUUAUGAUUCUUUGCUUCCGUCAUUGAAAGGAUUGUAUCUACAUGCUGAGAAAUCCAUGAGCACAGGACAAGAAACAAUUUUGAUACCAUUUGAUAAUGACACCUUUGGUAAGCCUUUUGAAGUUUUCGUAGUUUGUGAAGACAUCAUCCCAUUUUGUGAUUUGGAGCCAAUCACAGGAAAUUGCAUAGUACUGUACAUCUGCCACUUAUAUAAGAGAUUGAAGGACAAUAGUGCUCUUCAUCGAUGUCGAUUUGUUAAUCCAUUUGAAGUAUCAUAUGUGCCCAAUGCCCCACACGAUGAACGGAUACAUGCUUUGGCAAAUAGGCUUGAGAAUGUGUCCUCUGAUCAACUUGUCAUAGUUCCAUGCAAUAUCAGGAAACAUUGGAUUCUUACAGUUGUUGAUCCUCACAAAGAAAUAAUAUAUAAUUUGGACCCAAUUAGUCAUAAGCACAUUGAUGAUAGUUGGAAAACUAUUGUCAACACGGCUAUUUUUAUAUUCAAUGCCAAAUUGGGAAAAAGAGGUAAAAAACAACCUACUUGGGAUAUUAUAAAGUCUCCAAGACUACCUGAUUCCGUGCAAUGUGGAUUUUUCGUGAUGCGUUACAUGAAAGAAAUUAUUGAAGAGCUUAUGAGGAAUGGUCGCAUUUGCCUACAUCCACAUUUUGACAAUCGGAGUUAUACUAAAGAGGAUAUUGAUGAAGUUCGUGUCGAGUGGGCGAAUCUCAUUCUUAGUUACAUAUAAAAAGUAGAGGAUAUGCUGGAAGCGAAGCUAAAAUAUAAGAGACUUUUGCUGAAUUUUCCACGAAGAUUCUUGUUUUUGAAAAAAAUAUUGUACUUUCUUUAUUUUGAUAUAUUUAAUCUCAUGUCGUAUAUUAGCUUCAUUUCAGUGUUCAUUUAUCAGAUUAUGAUAUAUUGUGAAAGUAUAUAUGACAAUUUUAAUUUUUUGGUGCA